GUGCCGCGCACCACAUAUUUUCCAUAUCGAACACCAGCUUCGAAAAAAAAAAACAUCAAAAUCUCAAUCAAAAUGAGAACACCAGGAAGGAGACCAAGAAGACCUAUCGAUGGCGCACCAGAGACAUAUCAAAAGUCACUUCACCUCGAGAACUUCAGAUCACUCGAGUCAAGCUCCGCUACUCAGACUGGACGACCAUCCCAAGACGACUUAUCCUCAGAAUUCCUCGCACUAAAAAUCCAAUCUCUCCCACAAGAACUCCAAGACCAUAUCAUCAACCUCACAUUCUCGAUCCCCCAGCACCAGAUCAUCCUAAUCACAUACUCCUACACUCCGCCCUCGAUUCUCAACGUCAGCAAAGCAAUCCGUGGAGAACUAUGGCCUAAGUACUUUGGGAAAAACCAGUUCUUACUACAAGCACCGGGGGACUUUUGGCACAUCUACGAAAAAUGGAGUAGUUGUAAAAGUUUCUUUCCUGAGGGAUAUGAAGAAGCGGAGGGUAUGGUGUCACGGCAGAGGGAGACAAGAAUCAGCGACCUGGUAGCGGGUGAAGGGAACAAAACGUUUAGUGAAGAAGAGGAACGACCCUGUGCCAUCCUACGAAAAUAUCGCUCGGGCAUCACGCCUUGGACUGUGGUGUAUCACGGGAUAUGAUUUCACUUCAGCCUUUGUGUACCGAAAGCUGUAGUAGCAUGUACUAGUCACAGAAACGUAAGAUAUGGAAGAGCACGAAAAGGUGGCG